AAUCGACUGUGAAUAAGUGCAGUCGCGUGGCGUGUUUUUUAAAAUGAAUAAUAUUAUAGACAAAGAAAUAUUCAUUUCAUUGGUGGAGGAAAGGGAUGUGCUGUGGGAUAAAACCCUCGAAACUUAUAAAGAUAAAAGAAAAACUCUACAGGCAUGGCGUGACAUAUGUAAGAUCAUCAAUGAGAAUUUUGAAAAGCUGUCGGAUGUGGAAAAAAAUAAAUACGGAAAACUGGUUGUGCAAAAGUGGAAAUCGAUGAGAGACGAAUGGAUGAAAUGUCAUAGAAAAUUAAGCGAGAGCAGAUCGAGAUCGGGAGCUAAUAUAAUUCAUAAGUACACAUACUAUGACAACAUGAAAUUUUUGACAAAAAUAGCUCCACAUAGGGAUACUGAGUCAAAUAUGCAACCACCCUCCUCUGAAAGUGACGACAGCCAUGAUACAAUGAUAAAAAAAAGGAAGAAAGAACAAGUUCAUAAAGAAAUAGAUUUGAGUGCAGUAGAUAGAAAAAUGAUUCAAUUUAUCGAUUCUAUGCAAAAAGAAGAAAAGAAAACCGCUGACAGCCGAAUUAUGUCAUUCUUCAAGAGUAUUGCUCCAACAAUAGAGAAGUUCAGUGACGACGAAGUUGUCGAAUUUCAAUAUCAAGUUAUUUCAAUAUUACGGAAUUUUAAACAAAGAAAUAUAAAUGGCCACACAUCAGAAUCUUAAAAUAUAGGUACACACUGCAGCAAGAAUCCAUCCAACCUCAGCCAAUCUAUGAUACUGAAGCUUAUGGAUAUUCUACUGCACCUGGACCUUCUAACGUGAGAAGCCAAUCUAGACUUACUAGACUUACUUGUAGUUCCGAACUAGAAUUUGGCUCUUACACUCGAGUUGGACAAAGUCAACCUACUCGUAGUGUGCGAUCCAGUAUGGGUGACGACUUCGACUUUGCGACGCUGAAUAAUUAAUUUUCUACUGCGACAUCUACACACAUCUACCGCUAUGAUUCAAGAUAAUUAUAGUAUUUGAUUAGUGUAAUUA